AUGAAAACUAAUAAUGGUACUGGUAACCUACUCUGUACAGCACAAGUCUGUGAUUCACAGAGGAAAGUUUUCUCAUCUAUGACUGCUCCUGAACUGUCCAUUCCAUAUUCUGAGGCAACUCAUCAAGCUCUCAUUGCCUUGAGAUGUGCCAAGUCCAAUCGACCAUUCAAUUCUGUGAAGGACAAGUACUAUGGACUAGAGGUCAACAUGCUUUGUCUAGGGACAGUAGUACCAGUUCCUAGCACAAUUUUGAAGGACAUCAAACAUAUCUAUGAAGGUUUAUCAGUUAAUGUUUGUAACUACUUCAAGGUAUGUUCUACUUUUUAA